AUGCCAUGGACCUGGUCAUUCCCAGACAUUUAUUCAACAUUUCUGUCAGCAUUGUCAUUAAUUUUUCUUAUUCUUCCCACCACACCACAAUUUGCCAAAGAGGCAAUUGAGGCCGAACCUUUGACCACCUCUCAGCUAAACAGUUAUGGCAUCUCUCCUUCCGUUCUGGUGUAUUCACUUAUCCUUUCUCCUCGUGUCACCCCUUCACUUCACAAUUUGUUACUUGCUUCUCUAAUUUUAGUUGAGGUGUGCCCUUUUGCUCGUAUUCAGUUAGGCCUAAUCACACUCCCCGUUGGUUCAUACAUACCCUCCAAUGUGCUUGGAGGGAGGAUCCAAGACAUCAGUCUUCCCGAUCAUCCUCUUCCGCCAGGUCCUGUCAAAAGGGUACGCCUCUACGAGAUUAAGAUAAACAAGCUAAAAAUUGUGAUAAUGAAGAUGUGCUGCGGAGCUAUGGGAUAG